UUUUGUAGAGUAAGCAGCUUUGCUGUGACUCGGUCAUUCGGUUUAUUGCAGCAACGUAAGACAGUAUCGUAAUUUAAAAAUUGCAUCUACUUAGGAAAGUGCUGUUGUUGUAAUUCUAAAUAUCAGUUUAAUAUAAAAGAAAAGAAAACCAAGUGAUUAGAUAAGAUUUUGUGGACUUGUUUCUCUUUCUGUCAUACCCCUACUAUCACGUAAUAAUAGCAGCAUAGAGUAAAAUUUACAACCGUCCUUUCAACUUAAUCUUAAUAAUCAUUUUCCAAGCAAAUCCCCAAACAAUGCAGUUAAUUGAGAUACCAGUUGAAAAGUGGCCACAGUUGCGCGAUUUAUAUCAACACCAGAAAGAUCGCUCUGCGUCUUACAAUACUCUACAAAUAUUUAUCGAAUGGAUUAGAAAAGAUCCCAAGUUGCAACUAAACAUUUAUACCACUAGCAAGGAAUGGCAAGUUGAUGGUACAUUUGUGGCAGAGGCCCCUGUAACGAGACAACUAGUUUGCAAUACUUUAAACGAAGACUUUACUGACUUGAUUAAUACUCUAAACCAUUUCGAUAAUUCAAAAAUGGUGGGAGGACACCCUGAAAGAUUAAUGCCUGCUGUUGAAAAACAUUUCUUGGAUUCAGGUCUAAGCAAGGAACAGUUUAAAUCCGAUGGCACAGUUUGGCAGCAUAUUUCAAGAGAGGAAGCUUUAAAUUUCAAUACAGACCUUCCCGAUAACAUAACAACCAAAGGCUUGAAUAUAUCGCAUGCAGAACAGGUCAACCGAGUGUGGCCCCACAGAUCUGAAGGCUCGGUAAAAUUCGUAGAACACCUUAUAAAAUUCAAUAAAAGUGUGGGCCUAUUCGAUGGUGAACACUUGGUGGCUUGGUGUCUAAUCUUACCUUUGGGUUCCUUGGGUCUAUUACAAGUUGAGGAGUCUCAUAAGCGUAAAGGCCUGGGCAUGUUGGCGGUAAAGAUUAUAUCUAAAUAUCUUGCAGAACAAGGCAUUGAAGUUACAGCACCCGUAGUUUUCGCCAAUGUGCCUUCACGUUCCAUGUUCAAACAGUUGGGUUUUAAAAUAAUCGACAAUGUUUAUUGGACAUUUAAAAUAUAGAAUUGCGUUGAUAUUCCUUUUAAGUGGUAAUAUAUUUCAAAUAAAAAUUUUAAACAGUAUUAUCCCA